ACUCUGCUGGGGGGGGGAGAAGGAGAGAGUCUCGCAGGCGGGGGCGGCGGUAGCAGCGGCGGGGCUCAGCUGGGCUUUUGCACGCGCCCCCUGCCUGCCCUCCUUCCGAGGAAGCCGGGGGCUCCUGCACCAGCCAAGAGAUUGGGGGAAAGGUCUUUUUGGAAAUUGGAGGGGAGGGGCUUGCUUGCACUCGUUCGCGGGUGGGGGAACCAUUUGCGGGAUUCCUGGAUCCUUAACACACACAGCCCCACGGUGCAGCUGGUUGGCCUCCGUGAGGACAGGGUGCUGGGCUAGUGGGGCCUCCGUUGGUCUGAUCCAGCCGCUGUGGGGCGCCCCUGGUGUUCUGUUGUCUGAGCAAGAGCAUGGGAAAGGCCCUGGGUUCAACCCUUGGUAUCUGCAGGUAGGGCUGGGAAGGCCUGGCGUGAGACCCUGCAGAGCUGCUGCCGGCCAGUGCAGGCGAUACUGAGCUAGGUGUACUAAGACGCACCCCCCACCCCCGCUUCCUGAGUUCAUCUGCAACAGCUCGGCUUUGCAAACUGAAGAUCCCCCCAGCGCCACCACGACGUGUUGAAAGGAUCUCAGGGAGAAGCUCAGCUUGAUCACUGGACGCAUCCGGUUGUGCCCCUACAAGUGUCUACCUGUCUGGUGACUACAGUCGGACUCACUGGCUGUGUGAGGCGAAGGAGGGGCCUCCUUGUGCAAUUCUGGCCCUGCGAAUGAAAGGCAGGUUCACAGGAAGGAGGUCCUUUGGCCUUUGGGGAGCUGCAUUUGAGGAGAGAGAAGAUGGAUGUGCCUUGCAGUGGGGAAUUCUGGGAAGGAACCGUGGAGAACGUCCUGGGCAGGGACGCCACUAGCUCAGAUGUCCAGUGCCAGCACUUCAGGGAUUUCUGCUACCAGGAGGCCAAAGACCCCCGUGAGGUGUGCAGCCGACUCCACAGUCUUUGUUGUCAGUGGCUGAAGCCGGAGAUUCACACGAAGGCCCAGAUGGUGGACCUGGUGGUCCUGGAGCAGUUCCUGACUGUCCUCCCCCCGGAGAUGGAGAGCUGGGUCAGAGAGUGCAGAGCUGAGAGCAGUUCCCAAGCGGUGGCCCUGGCGGAAGGCUUCCUCCUGAGCCAGGCCGAGGGGAAGAGGCAGGAAGAGAAGCAGGCUCCGGCAGACAACAGGAAGCGGCUGCUGACGAGGUGGACCACGCAGGAGUGUAAUCGAGGUGCCAUCUCGAGAGGCAGAGGAACUCCAGUGGCAAGUCCUUCCAGGCCUUCUCCAAUUUGUGGUGGAGUGGAAAUGGUUGCUGCUCGGUCACGUGGUCAGGGCCUGGUGACCUUUGAGGAGGUGGCUAUUUGUUUCACGGAGGAAGAGUGGGCUCUGCUGGCGCCGGGCCAAAGAGCCAUGCACAGGGAAAUCAUGGAAGAGAAUUAUGGGAAUCUGGCUUCUCUGGAAGAAUUUCUGGUUCCCAAACGUGGCCUCAUCUGCAGGCUGGAAGAAGGAGAAGAUCCAUUUGUCCAGCGCUCCAAGGAAGGAGAAAGAACAGCAGGUGGUGAAAAUGAGGUGAAAAGUGAAAAUGAGGGUGAAGAGCUCAGAAGGAAAAGUGAAGCAAAGCACAAGUGGAAGAAGGAACCCUUAUCUAAAGGGGCCGCCUUCCAUGAAAUUCCAGUACAGGAAGAGCGUCGCCAAGCAAAUCAGUUCCUUCUGACUGAAAACUUUUUAUCUAGUAAAUCAAGCCUAAGUUUGCCUCAUGAAAAUUACAAUGAGGAGAAACCACUGAAAUGCUCAGAGUGCAAGAAAAGCUUCAGUCACAAGAACAGCCUUAGACAACAUCAAAUAAUCCACACAGGGGUGAAACCAUAUAAAUGCUUAGAGUGUGGGAAAAGCUUCAGCUGGAAGAGUGACCUUAAAAGACAUCAUAGAAUCCACACAGGGGUGAAACUGCAUAGAUGUUUGGAAUGUGGAAAAAGCUUCAGCUGGAAAUGCGACCUUAAAAGACAUCAUAGAACCCACACAGGGGAGAAGCCAUACAAAUGCUUAGAGUGUGGGAAAAACUUCAGACGGAAGAGGAACCUUACUGCACAUCAAAGAGUCCACACAGGAGAGAAACCAUAUCUAUGCUCAGAAUGUGGGAAAACAUUCCGUUGGAAGAGCGACUUUAUAGGUCAUCAAAGACUGCAUACGGGGGAAAAACCACAUACAUGCUUAGAGUGUGGGAAAACAUUCCACUGGAAGAGGGAUUUUACUACACAUCAAAGAGUGCACACAGGGGAGAAGCCACAUAAAUGCUUGGAAUGUGGAAAGAGCUUCAAACAGAGUUCGCAUCUAAGUGUACAUCACAGAAUCCACACAGGGGAGAAACCAUUUAAGUGUUUGGCAUGUGGAAAGAGUUUCAAUUGCCACGCAAACUUGAACAAACAUAGACAUUAUAGGAGCAAGUGUAGAAAUUGUAGUUUUUCUGACCAAUCAGACCUUAACAAACAGAGAAGUCAUGCAGAGGAGAGUAAACGAGACCUCGCUUCCUGUAAGGAAGAAGGAGAAAGUCUGUUUAUCCAGGUCCCCAAAGAAGAAGAGGAGACCUCAGCAGAAUCCACACGGGAGAAGCCUUAUAAAUGUAUAGAAUGUGGAAAGAACUUCAAAACUAAAGGACACCUUUAUCAGCAUCAAGCAAGCCACACAGGGGAGAAACCAUUUAAAUGCAUGGAGUGUGGAACUAACUUCAGGACUAGAAGAAGCCUUUAUAAACAUGAUGGUUUAUAUCACAAAAAUCCUCCAGCGCUUCUUGCAAAGAACUUCCAAACUUGUACGCAGGAGACUUGUGCCAGGCGUGAUCUGCUCCUUGCCCCAAAUUCAGGCACUCCUUCCCUCAAAAAAGUAAUCGGCCGCAGAGGAUCUGACCCUGCACUGGAGCAAAGACCAAAGAUGGACGAGCAAGGCUCUGCGGGCCCUGAGGCAGGGGAGGGCCCCUGUAUCAUCCAGGUUGGGAGCAGCAGUGUGAUCUGGGGAAAAACGGUGCAGAGGUCCCUGGGUGGAGACGACUUCCGUCUGGAUGUGCCGCAAAAGUGCUUCAGGGAGUUUUGCUACCAGGAGGCCGCGGGGCCCCGAGAGGCUUGCAGGCGGCUCCACACCCUUUGCUAUCAGUGGCUGAAGCCAGAAAGGCACACAAAGACUCAGAUGCUGGACCUGGUGAUCAUGGAGCAGUUCCUGGCUGUCCUCCCCCCAGAGAUGGAGAGCUGGGUCAGGGAGUGUGGAGCGGAGAGCAGUUCCCAGGCAGUGGCCCUGGCGGAAGGCUUUCUCCUGAGACAGGCCGAGGACAAGAAACAGGAAAACGUGCAGCUGCAGGGGAUGCUAGCCAAAGUGGCCACUGACUUCCCUGGAGCGGAGGAGGCGCCGUCAGAACCUGCCCAGAGGCCGCCGUUCAGGUGGAUCAAGCAGGAGCGUGAUGGAGGUGCCCCCUCACUGGGUAAGGACCAUAACGGGAGACUGACCGGCAGCAGCUCUACAGGGGUCUUUCCCAGCCCUAACUGGAGACUGAACCAGGAAAGUGCGACGAUAUUUGGAGAUGGUGAGAUGACGGUGGGGGCUCCUCCUAUGCAACCUUCUCUUUGUGGUGGGCUGAGAAUGGCUCCUGUGCAGGGUCCAGCGACCUUUGAGGAGGUGGCCGUGCACUUCACAGAGGCAGAGACAGCUCUGUCGGAGCCUAGCCAGACAUCUCUGCAGAGCGGAUUCACAGAGGAGAACUAUGGGAAUCUGGCCUCUCUGGGGCUCCCAUUUCCCAGAUCUGAUAUCAGCUCCUGGAGGGGAAAAGUGGAAGAUCCGUUUCCCGAGGAAGGAGAGAGAGCAGCAGUUAACAGAAGGGAGAGCCAUAAAGGAGAUGAAGAGCAAAGGAGGUCAACUGACGAGAAACAGAAGUGGGGGAACAGAUCAUUUGUCUUUGAAGGGACUGAUGUGGAUGAAAUUCCAAUCCUGGAAGAAUGCCGUGAAGGAAACAGAAGGAAUAUUCACAAUGGUGAGAAACCGCUGAAAUGCUCUGAGUGUGGAAAGAGCUUCAAUCACCAGAUACACCUUAUUAAACAUCAAAGAACUCACAUGGGAGAAGAAACGUACAAAUGUGCUGAGUGUGGGAAGCAAUUCAGUCACAGCUCGUACCUCAGUUCACAUCAAAAAAUCCACACAGGCGAAAAGCCCUAUAAAUGCUUGGAGUGCGGAAAAACCUUUAGUCACAGUAGAAGCCUUAAUUCACAUCAGAUAAUCCAUACGGGUGAGAAGCCAUAUAAGUGCUCAGUGUGUCCAAAGAGUUUCAGUCAUAGCAGAAGCCUGAAAGUACAUUUAAGGAUUCACACAGGGGAGAAGCCCUUUGACUGUUCAGAGUGUGGAAGAAGUUUCAGCCAGUGUUCAAAUCUUAUCAAACAUCAAAGAAUCCACACAGGCGAGAAGCCAUAUAAGUGCUCACAGUGUGGGAUGUGCUUCAAUCAGAGCAUUCAACUUAAAAGGCACCAGAUAAUACACACAGGGCAGAAUCCUGUCUAUCAGAGCAUUCAACUUAAAAGGCAUCAGAUAAUACACACGGUAGAAUCCAGUAAAUCCUAGCAACCCCUUCAAUUUAACAGGUUGAAACCCAGGAGAAAGCUGAUGAAUAACGAAGAGUUUCUUUGACCAAACCUUAAUAAUGCUGCUUAGAAAAUGAGGGUGUUAAGCAGCAUAUAAAUUUUAGAAAGAAAUGAAUAGUAAGCAAAAGUUCUGUGAAAGGACCAACUCUACUAAUGCUUAGAGUAUGGCAGAAGUUUCUAUUGGUGUAUCUGAGCAUGGGCAAUGAACCUAACUGGAGCCAGCAUCUUUGAAUAGUCCUAUGAUUAAGCAUCCAGCUGGUCACCAGCAAUGAUUUAACUUUGCCUCCCAGUGACCACAGGAGUUGGUGUAAGGAGAAUAGGUGCAUGUGUAUAGCUGCCUGAUCAAGAUGGAUUUUGUACGCCAACAAGAGUCCGUAUGGAGUAUGAUACUAUAUAUGGCAUCUGGCUUGAACUCUGGUAGCGAGAGCUGCUUCUCUUUUUAAUCUUGUAUUGUCAGCUUUGUGCAAUAAUCUUUAAUUAAAGCAAUGUGGUGUCCGCUGCCGCUUCAUUCUGCUUGUCAAGAA